AUGGCGCAGUCCCACCCGACGAUUGUGGAGCUGGUUGAAAGCCUCGCAAAUAAGACCCUCCAAAAUGGCAGCGAUGAGGAGUUCCUGAGACUCAGGCAUAUCGAGUCAUCGUGUAGGCUUCUUCCUCGUAUCCUUGCCUCUGUACGACGGGCGUCGAAUUCUCGAAGGCCGGUUAACACCUUACCGCCGGAAAUCCUCCUCAGAAUUUUCGCCUUCAUCCCGCCGCCUCCGGAGCUCACAGUCUUCGAUACCAUCGAAGGAGUAUGCGGUCCAUUCGGCAUCCGGAAAGUCUGGGAGCUGCGCGCGAUCACCCAAGUCUGUUACAAGUGGCGAUCGUUGGCCCUGAAUGUUUCCGACUUGUGGUCGAGUGCCUUUCGUGUCCCGCACUGGGGCUCCAGGUGUGGUGACAUACCGAAUAAUGCCUGCCAUCAUCUCUAUCGUUGCGUAGCAGGGCCGAUUCACUUGUAUGCCGAAGAAGAUGGUCUUACCGGAGUCAACUGGCAGAAGCUCAGAGACGUCGACGCACCCCUAGACUUCGAGGACCGCGUGGAGGAGCUUCAUGUCCUCACCUUAGAUGGAUGGAGGAAGCACGGUUCCCUACCUACUUCUUUGUCAUCGCCUCGCAUGCGUGCCCUCCGGAAACUUGUGGUUCGGAGUUUGCACUUUGGCAACGCUGGAGCUACCAGCUGGGAGUGGCAAGGCCUUCAGUCGCUCUUUGCGGAACAAACCCCUCCUCUGAGGUCUCUGGCAAUAAUCGACUCGCCUUUCCUACCGCUCAACCCUCUCCCGACUCUCACGCAUCUCGUCCUAUUCUACCAAAUGAAGCGCGAGAUGCGUGACACAUGGUCCCUCCAUGACCUAAUGCACUUCCUAUCCGAUUCCCCUACUCUGGAGGAACUCAUCAUCUGCGGUAUUCCGUAUGACAGCGUCAGCGGCGGCCGGCUAUCUACAGCUCGUCUUGGCAACUUGCGGAAGCUAUCCAUUCGUGCAUGGGAUUAUCGCACGCCAGGAAGGCCAGGACUCCCACUCCUUCUUUUCUCGCAUCUCAUCAUCCCCCAGACAUGCUAUCUCCGCCUUGACGUCGGCUCGGUUGAGCAGCUUGCAGAGCUCACCUCGCAUCUGAGAACCCGCCUAUGGGACGUUCCCGUCUCCAAUGUUCAUUUUCUGCUGGGCGCAUCCCCAUACACCUUGUCCUCUCUCCAAGCUACCUUCCCGUCAUCUGGAGGUGGCAUACGCGUGGAUAUUCCAACGGUACAGGGCGUCGAUCCAAGCGACGAGCUUGCAGACGCCAUCUAUGCCUUCCUUACGACGCCUCCUUUCGCCGCGGCUGGAGCUCUUUGGCUUUCGGGCUUGGGUAUCGAUUCCGCAUGCCAAACCAGGACGACCAGUUCACUCCGCGCUUUCAGCGGUGUCAAGAAGCUAUACGUCGCGGCCGGUCUAAUGGGGGACCAGGAGGAGUUCGUCAAGUCCCUCGGUGAUCCAAUGUCUCUGCCCGACUCAGCGCAGCUCCUAUUCCCGAACCUGGACACUCUUUACGUCUUCGUUGACGACGAUUACGGCCUCGCGGUGGGAGAGCUUGCGGACAUGCUUCGCCGGCGAGUGGAGACAGGAUGCAAGGUCAAGCAUCUGCUGGUAGGAUGCGUGGGACCGGAAGAUGGCGGGCCGGCCUCUGCUUUACGGAAAGAGAUUGAGUCAUUGAUUGGGACGGUAGUCGAAGACGUGACUGUACUGGGCGAGGAUGGAUAUGGGCGAAUGUGCGGGCUGCGGACAGUUCUUCCUCUCAUUUGCACCGCCGCGGGUGGAGGUUUGGUCUGGGUACCGUGGACCGAAAACGAGACGACCUUUUCUCUCAUACAUACCAACUAA